CACUUUCAGACUUCAUUCAUUGGUUUUUCAGGUAACCUAUGAAAAAGUUGCCGUUAAAUAUUAAAUAGUUUAUUGUAAAUAUAAAUAAUUUUAUUCAAAGCUUGAGUGAUCUACAAUGUCGGAAUCAGAAAAUAAUGAUACAGUGGAACAGUCAUCUAAACAUGAGCAUAAUCCAAAGAAAAGAAUUCGUCAUCGUAAAAAGCAGUUGUAUGAAAACAUAUUAAAACAAAUGGAGUUUUAUUUUAGUGAUGCAAACCUGAGCAAAGAUAGGUAUUUGGGUGAUCUAGUGGCUGCAGAUCCUUAUGUGCCUCUUGCAGAAUUUUUAAAGUUUAAUAAACUACGUUCUAUGACACAAGAAGUUAGUGAUAUUGUAAAAGCUAUGAAAUAUUCAACGUUUUUGGAAUUGUCAGAGGAUAAACUUAAGGUGAAAAGAAAAACACCAAUGGUUCCUUAUGAUGCUGAUCUCCGAACUGUGUAUGUAGAAUCUAUUCCGGUAACUGCCAGUCGGGAUUGGUUGGAACGAGUAUUUUCUGAUUAUGGAAAAGUAGCAUACAUAUCUCUGCCAAAGUUUAAAAAUUCAAAUAAGAUAAAAGGCUUUGGAUUUAUAGAAUUUGCACGGCCUCAAGACGCACAAAAGUGCAUAAAAGCCUUCACAGAGAUGGGGUGUAAGCUACCCACCUGUAUGCCCCCCGAUGAACUCUCCUCUAUCAAAAUGUUUGCUGCAGAGGAAAAAGAUGUACAGGAAGAGGGAGAGAAGGAAUGGGAACCGCCUAAGAAAAAAUCUAAGAAGAGUAAAGAGAAGAAAAUGAAUAAAGGUCUCGAAUUGAAACUGGGCUCAGAAUCUGAUAGUGAAAGGAGAAUUGACACACCUACUGAUGAAAUGACUUCAUCAGUUCCAGCCACACCAGAUGUCAGUACUCCUGAUGUGGAAACACCAACUGAGGAAAACAAAAGCCUAGAAAAAGAAUGCAAAGACGAACUAACUAGUCACGAUGAAAGCAAAACGGGCGAUGAAACGCCGCGAAAGAAAAAGGCCAAAAAGCGUUCACUAAAGGAGAAGGGCAAAAAGAAUAAUCUAGAUAAGGGCGAAGCCCCAAAAGGGGCCCUCUGGGGCUUGCAAGUGCUCGCUAAGUCAGAGUGGAAAUUAUUAAGGAAUAAGUAUUUGAAUUUACAAAGGAAAUAUAUGAAAGAGUUGAAACAGAAUUGGCAGGAAAAACGACGGUAUGGCGGCAUACCAGCGCCCGCAGCGCCAUCUGUUGAAGUUGAAAAUGCAAGCGGUGUGCAAGAAAUGGACAGAACAAAAGCAUUAAUGGAGAAGAUUCCUGGUGUAUUUGUUAAGGAGUCUUUGCCGGAGCCCUGUUUGGAUGUUAAGCUUACAAAACGCACUAUACGGACCAAUAUUCAUGUUCAACAUGUUGAAGUGAAAGAGGGACAAACCGAGGCUGUUAUAAGAUUUGACUCGGCUAAAGCAGCUGAUGAGUAUUGUGCGAAUUCCGACAACCGUGCGCGGGUUUUACUCGGCGCAGAGGAAGACGAGCAAUGGACGCGCGCGGAAAAUGCAUUAUCUGCGAAAAGAACUCGCGGCCGCGCUAAACUUUUGGCGCGAACGAAUGCAAUGUCAAGCACGCCGGCCAUUGCACCCGCGUCGCCACAGCCCACACAUACUCAUAUUCGUUUUGAUGAAUAAAUGUAUCAAAUUAAGAA